AUGGCUGCCGGAAAAUUAAAUAUAACCAAGAAACAUAGGGCAGUAGAUUGUAUAUUAGAAAUAAGAGAUGCUAGAGCUCCAUUUACGUCCUCCAAUAUCGGUAUUCUGGAUGGUUAUACUUCAAACACUUCCAAACUAAUUGUUUUAAACAAAUCUGAUCUUGUCUCCAAGUACACUCUGAAGAAAUCCAUAGAGCUCCUCGAGCAUGCCGGAUUAAAGGCUGUUGUUUGCAGCGCAUUAAGUUUGGGAAGAAUAUCCGAAAUUAAAAGUUUUGUUGAAUCAAAUAUAAAACCAAGAUUUCCAAGUCUUGGUGCUUGGAUUCUUGUAGUAGGACUGCCAAACGUGGGAAAAUCUACCCUUAUCAAUGCACUUAAGCAUCAUUCAUUUGUGGUAGAAAAUAAACCUGGCGUUACGAAACGUUUGGACUUUUUCCACGUAUCACAAAAUCCAAAGAUAUAUUGUUUUGAUACACCAGGAAUAAUGCUUCCCAAAAUGGAAGAUCCGGAGAUUAACUUGAAACUAGCUGCUCUUGGCUGCAUAAACGAUGCCGAAGCUGGAGAGGACUAUAUCGCAGAUUAUAUAUUAUACCGAUUAAAUCACAUGGGAUGCUAUAAUUAUGUUCAGACUCUAGGGAUGAAUGAACCGUCUGAUGAUAUAUCCAAGAUUGCGCUACAUAUUUCAAAUAUAAUCGAAAGAAAAUGGAAUAGUGUAGAUCCAACGCAGUGCUACAGAAUAUUCAUAAAUCAGUUUAGAAAUGGUCACUUUGGUAAAGUGUGCUUAGACGAUCUAUCAAACAUAGUAAAACUAGAGGAUCUCAGUGAUUUAGAACUAAGUGAGCCUCCAGACAAAUGGACAGCGACAUACAAAGUAAUACAUGGCAUAUAA